CUCUUGUUGGGCCCCCUAGCUCACUAAGCAAAACACUCGUUUCGACAAUGGACGAUUCUGAAAUGGGUAAACAGUGAUUUACGAAGUUGACAUCGUAUCUGGAUCCAUGGAAGGUGUACUUUGGAAUUAACAAGUUUCAGCCUACCAUAUCUGGGAACCCCAACUGUAACCUAUAAGAGACAGUAUGAACAGAAUAUCACACCUGUGAAUGGAAUCCAACCCAACGACCACCCACAGAAAUAUUUUCUCCUAGGGGAACCGCGACGGUUAACAUACUGACACCAAUCCAACUGUUGGGCCAACAGGAGAUUGCAGGGAUCUGUCACGUGACCUGGCAGUAGGCUGCACUUGUGAAUAUGGAUGACAAUUCAUUCGAAGACAUAACUCAGGAUGAGAUUGACGAAAUCCGCCGCCACGUUGAUGAACAUGGUUUGAGCGGCUUACCAAGUGUAAUCCAAGACAAAAUGAGGGAGUGGCAGAAUGUUCCAUUAUCUAUCGCGGUUGUUGGCGAGUCCGGUGUGGGAAAGUCAACCUUCAUCAACAGCAUCCGUGGUCUGACAGCAGAUGAUGAAGGAAGUGCGGAAGUAGGGAUAGGAGACACGACACAGGAACCAACCAUGUAUCGUCAUCCGUACAAUGAAAAACUGGUGUUCUGGGAUCUACCCGGAGUCGGAACACCCAGGUUCCCCCAAGACAAGUCGUACCUUGGACGGGUUGGGUACUCACAAUACGACUUCUUCCUCCUGCUGUCCGAUGACAGAUUCACAUCGAAAGACAUCUGGUUGGCACGGGAGAUAGAGUCUUUGAAAAAAGAUUACUUCUUCAUCAGGACAAAGAUUGAUGAUGCCAUGGAAAAUGCUGAGCACAGCGAACAAAACUUUUCAGAAUCUAAUAUUCUCGAGCGAAUAAAAAAGAAUUGCCAUGACAAUUUUACAGCUGGGCAGUUGAAGAAGAGGCCAGUGUACUGCAUAGACAGCUAUGACAAACACAAGUGGGACUACACAAAGCUAAUGGAAGACAUAUUAGUUUCACUACCUGAACAAAAGAGGAAUGCACUUGUGCUGUCACUGUCUCCCCUCACGAAAGGCGUCAUCAAGUCAAAGACCGUGGUACUAAAGAUACGGGCGAAAAAGGUGGCACUGAUAUCUGGAAUCCAGGGAGCAGGUACCUCACUUGUACCAAUUCCCCUUCUCGGAGGUGCUGUAAGCAUAAUGCUGGAUACUGCUCUUCUGGUUGAAGAGGUGAUUUUCUACUUGAAGCAGUAUGGACUGGAUGAUGAAUCAUUACAGGAACUUUCUUCCAGGACAAAUACAACUGUGGACUAUUUCAGAGAUGCUCUAAAAGGCGGGUCCGCCAUCAUGGCUUCCCGUCAGUCUGUCAAAACAUUCGUAGUAAAUAUGAUCAAAUCUGAGGCAGCAGAGGAAGCUGUCAAGCGCAUUCCCAUUGAACUGGCUCGUUUUUUACCAUUUGUAAGUGCUCUUGUCGGCGGAAUCGCCAAUUUUGCAACAGCCUACUACAUGUUGAUUAAGAUGAUCGAUGACUUGGAAAAAGACGCUAUGAAAAUCACUGAUGCAGUAAUAAAGGCCACCAGCUCUUGUGUAGACUAGCUGAAUGUGGUUCCUCGUUGUACUAAGUUAAAUAAACACAUACAGUCACA